AUCAAUCAUUCCUGCCCCCAACUGAGUUGCAAAUUUACAUGUUCCCCGUUUCGAUGCGUGGCUGGUGGUAGGAAUGGAAUGACCUCUCUUCUUUUGAGUACUAUGGUCUGGCCGUGUUCGGUUCCUUAUGCACAUAACAAGUACUACGAUGCAGAGUACUCGGCAGGACCUGUGGCUGAGGAUCACUGACUGCGCCACAUCUCCAUUCCCGGCCUUGGCGGCCCGGAAAAUCCAUCAUUAAUUUUUCGGUCUGGAAUAUCAUCCAUCUAUUUUAUUGACUUGGGGUUCUUGAUGCUUCAUGUGAAGCUUAUGCAACUAUCCCCGGAUAUUUGCGGUUUUGCCGUCUUUGCGAAUCGUCCUUGAUUCUUAUCAUGCUGGUGCGCUUGUGAUCGAGUCGAAUCUCCCCUACACGUCUUAGUUGUCAAUUGUACUCUACAGCCUUCAAAUAUCAUUCUGGGCAAAUGACGACCGCAGCGUCCGAUACGAAGCGCCUCCAUAUCACUCCAUUCUCCCCCGACCUCCUUCCGUCCGUGCUCCCUGCGUCGAUUCAAUCCCUGGCCACGGAGAUCUCCUUCCAUUGCAUUCCAACCUUUCCAGAGAAUAAUUACGGCUACGUGACCCUACCAACUAUGGAGGCCGACAAAAUCAAAAAGAAGCUCAAUGGUUCGAUCCUUAAGGGCAAAAAGUUCAAGGUGGAUACCGCGCGGCCGAAGAAAAGAUCAAGGGAUGAAGAGGAUGUCGAUCAUGUUGCUGUCACUAAGCCAUCAUCCGAGAAGUCCAAGAAGUCCAAGAAGUCCAAGAAGCAAAUAGCGGAGGGGGAAGUUCUGGAGGGUUAUGAGCUCCCCUCAGACCGUCAAGUAAAGAGAGGCUGGACAGAGUCAACAGAUGCCAAGCAGGAGAGGCGCAAGGAAGAGAAAAAAAAGAAGAAGGACAAACACGGAAAGACAGCCAAAUCCCAGGCAAAGUCCAAGUACACCGAAAAGGCGGAGUGUCUAUUUCGAACCAAGCUUCCUCCGAAUAAGUCCUCCACCGAUGAAAAAUCUGAGACACAGUCCAAGAAAAAGACUUCUGCGCAGGAGACGAUUGUCCAUGAGUUCUCCAAAACACUUACGCAUCCGAGUUUCUUACGCUCUGAGGAUGAUGGGUCAACACCUACAGUUUCCUUCGAAGAAGGAAAGGGUUGGGUAGAUGGGUCUGGAAAUGUGAAGGAAAAUGCGAGCGAUCGCAUAAGGAAGGCUCAAUACAGGCCGGGGCAAGUAGCAGGAGCCAAGGAGAAACGAAAAGCCGCUAAAUCCGUCAAAGACGAAGUGUCAAGAUUCCAGAAUAUCACAGGCAAAGAAAAGAAAGCCACCAAGGAAGCAGUGUCUGCAGAUGAAUCGGAGGAUUGGACCUCGUCUAGUGGAGCCACUUCGUCCGAAGAAGACUCCACGGACUCUGAAGAUGACCAACACGAAUCCUUCAUUUCGUCAGAUGAGUCUUCUAUUCACGAUGACGGUAUGUCAGUAUGGUCAGAACAAGGUGGGCAAGAAAAUACGGUCUCCGGAGCAAAGACCACGGCAGAGAACAAUUCAACACCGUCCUCGCAAGGCGUCCACCCGCUGGAAGCACUUUUCAAGAGACCUCCACCGGGAACUUCCGACGCGAAGCCUGAUACAGAGACCAGUGCACAAUUCAGUUUUUUUGCACAAGAUGAUAUACAGUCUGAUGAAGAGGUUGAAGACAAACCGACUGAACCGCAUACGCCAUUCACCAAGAGGGAUCUGCAAGACCGUGGAUUGAGGAGCGCCGCGCCAACUCCCGACACGGCUCUAGUUGGUCGGGCCAUUAAUCGGAAAACUCUGGGACGGCCUGAUCCUAUGGAUGUAGAUGGUGAAAUGCACCUGAAUACUCCGGUACCGAAAGCCGCGGCUGGACCGAAGGAAGACUCGGAGUUUACCAAAUGGUUCUGGGAGAAUCGGGGCGACAACAACCGCGCCUGGAAGAGGAGGCGGCGUGAUGCCGCUAAGGAGCAAAGACAGAGAGAUAACCGCACCCCCGCGUCGUUCUGCAAGUGUACUUGCUUUUCCAACAGCACAAUCAUCCCUCUCGAUCCCGACUCUUCUGAGUCCGCCUCGGCCUUGAACGGUGUCUCCCAUUUCCUUCGUCGCAGUGAUGAUCCACAUAGCCUAAGUGGAAGGGCCAAGAACUAUCGCUCUUUGAAUUGCAACGACUGUAACCGGAAGUUCUGCUUGGAUUAUGAUCUACCCACCUGCCAUGGUGCCAAGGAAGAUGACGUCUUCACGACUUGUUUCCAAAGAGACUCACGGAAAGACCAAGCCAUAGUGUUUAUUUUCAUUAUUGCUACAGGCAGUCUGCUUGCCUGGGCAAUCUUCAAGCCUUGGGUAGAAAAGUGGCUCGAGGCUGCAAAAGAGCGGCGAUCAUAUAUCCCAAUCUCAGAAAAUGCUGGCCAUUAGCAAUGCGUGUUACAUGCAAACUACCUACAAAAAUACCGGCCCAGCUCCCUUGCUCGAGGCAUUCUGACGCCGGCCAUCGGUGAAACAGAAACUAGAGGUGAUUCAGCUACCUAUGCAUUCUUUAAGUCGUGGGUUUGAGAUAUAUUGGACAUCUGCCAAGGGCAUGGCUCGUUAAGUUGAUGGACGCAACACCCCCACCUGAUCAUCUAGAAAGGCUAGCCUGAAAGGGGAAUUCAUUGGCAGGCUGUACAGAUCCAUGCCAGCCUCUUUACGCAGCCUCCAGCGACUUGUAUCUUAGCGUUGCCAAUCAACAAGAUUGUGUAAAUACCCAUAUCUGCGUGUAUCUUUUUGACCCAUAUCUGAGCCUAGCGGCAUCUGCUAUUGGUCAUGUUUCGAAAGGCU